CGCGAAACGGCUUGGGGAAUGAACUGAAGCGAGCCCCACCUUUCCCGCCCUUCACUGCUGUUAGGAAGGUCAACGGCCUCGCUGCAAAAGCCACCGACUGAGCCACCUCCAGCAAGCGGGCUCGUUUCUCCCCCGUGGACGCCACCAUGGCCGACUCCGCUGGCGUUUUCCUUUUCUCGGAGCUGCCCCUGCCUCAGGCACUGCUCGUCUGGCUUUGCACCGCCGCCACUCUCCUCUCCGGGGUCGCGGCGGUCUGGCUUUGGCAGCGGGGUCGUCGAAGCCGCCGGCUGCGGCUGCAACAGGUGGGGACGGUGGCUGGUCUCUUCAUCUACCCGGUCAAGUCCUGCCAGGGGGUGGCUGUGAAGCGAGCCGAGAUGACCACGCUGGGCCUUCGGAGCGGGAAGCUGCGGGACCGGUGUUGGACUGUGAUAAAAGAAGAUGGUCAUAUGGUAUCUGCUAAGAACAUCCCUCGCAUGGUUCUAAUUACUGUAUCCUGUGAAGAUGACUAUUUAAUCCUGAAUGCCCCAGGAAUGAAGACACUUCAAAUUCCUGUUGAACUCCCAAGAACAAAUUCAGUCUGGAAUUGCACACGAUAUGGAGUCCAAGGUCAAGGCAGGGACUGUGGAGAUGAAGCAGCUGAAUGGAUCACUGCUUUCCUGAACAUACAGCCUUAUAGGUUGGUCCAUUAUGAAGAAAAUAUGGUGACAAGGAAGCCGGGAGAUUUCCUGCCUGCUUUUCUACCAACAGAUGAGGUUGCCUAUGCUGAGGGCAGUCCAACCUUGCUGAUUUCUGAAGCUUCCUUGGAUGAUCUAAAUACAAGGCUAGAAAAGAAAGUUUCAGUAACAGUCUUCCGGCCCAAUAUUCUGGUUAAAGGCUGUAGUCCUUAUGAAGAAGAUACUUGGCAGGAUAUAUUCAUUGGAACUGUUAAGUUGAAGGGAAAAAUGUCUUGUCCAAGGUGCAUUUUCACAGCAGUGGAUCCAGAUACUGGGAUCAUGGAUGAAAAGGAAGUCCUGACAGCCCUGAAAAGUUAUCGCAAGUGUGAUCCUUCUGAACAACAUGACUUUAAGUCUAAUCCUCCCUUUGGAUGGCUAUAUGGAGUUGAAGAAACAGGAAUACUUGAAGUUGGGGCUCCUGUGUACAAGAUAAUCUCAUGAUGGGAGGCACCUGUGCAGUGCAGUGUAAUUUCUCUGUAUAUGGAUUCUGUAUACAUUUUGUUAAGAUCAUUUUUCUUUUCUUUCUAGUUAAUUGGAUAUUUAGUUCGCUAAUUCCACUGCAGUCAAUAACAUGUGGUCACUAAGAGUUGACACCAGCUUGAUGGCACAUCAUCAUUGUCAUCAUCAUCACAAUUGAAACAUACAGAUAUGUCCCUUUAUUACUUUAAGCAAAAUUUGGAUGAAGGGAUGAAGGGAAAAUUUGGAUGAAUAAAUAAAUGUUAUUAUAUAUAUUAAUAAUUAAUUAAUAUAAUUAAUAUAAUAUAUUAUAUAGAUAGAAUAAUUAAUAUUAUA